ACUAGUAAAUUAUGUCUAUUUUACUUCUUUUUCUCUCUUGAAGCUCAUGAUGUUUAGCUAACUUGUAGGGUCACAUUGCUUGGAUUUAAGCGCAUCAAAUGUAACUGAUCCAGAAUGGUUGACUGCGCAACGUGAAGAAGAGAUCCACAUUGUGCAUGGUUGGCUAACGACUUACUAUAAGGAUCUUCAGGUCAUUUAAUCUUUUGUAUCGUUGGGUGGAUUAGAGAAAAAUUGUGUAUCCGCGCGCCAAUUUGGAUUGAUGGUAAUUAAUCACGGUUGAACUAUUAAGUGGUAUUCCAUUAACUUAUGUGAUGUGUGGGAAGUAAAAUGGUUAGGCAUUAAUGAUCUAAGUGAUCAAGAUGCAAGGGAAGUUCUGUCUGGGAUUCUGGUUUUGUUCCUCAUACUCCUUUCCUCAAGAGUUGGCUUGAGGUCGCUUGAUGGGAGGUUUAAUUUCCAUCCAUUUGGAGCAAAACAAAUCAAACCAAUUUUUGUUGUUGUUGAAGGAAUUAAUGGUAAAUAAAACUAAAAAUAAAUACUAAAGUAUGAACAACUAAUUUAAGGUAGUAACAAGACUUUCUACCGAGAAAAGAACAAUUAAUCAGAAAUAGCUACUAUACCACACGUUUAAAAGCAGUACCGUACGGCGUACGUAGUAAUAAACUUCGUCAUUACUUACUAAAUACUAAUUAAAUUCUAUUAUCUGAUUGGUACCGGAUACGAUUAUUGCUAAGGAUUAUUAACUUGUAGUGGUUGGUGUCUUAUCUUUCUCUUCCCAUUAGUUUACUAUUGAUAAUGGCACGAAGAAUGGCGCACUAAUCACAUAAGACAAGAAGCAAUGGACACGAACAAUGGUACACUAAUUAGCUAGCUAGGUCUCUUGUUCUCAUUGCUAACGGGCACAAAGUACGUACUAUCUCUUGUCCCCAUUGCCGGAUAUAGCAAAUCGGCGGUAUAUAUAUCGUCGGAGACAGGUUGGUAAUUGUUCAUCACGUCCAGCUUAUUCGAGACAAGCUGGGCCGGCAAAUCGAUGCAUCAAAACCUAUGAUACCAGCUCGCUCUUUCUAACUAACAACUUCGCUGCGAUAUAUAUAUCCCACAAGUAUCGAGUAGAAGCUGGUAAGAGAACGGGAAGCUAGCAAAUUAAAGCAAAUCAUCCCAUGGCGAAACUCCGGUUUAUCCUCUACUUCUUCCUAGCCGCGGCUACGACGGCGUCGUUUGAGGUCCCCAGGCUGACCAUGUACGACCCGCGUUACGCAUCCCACCAUCUUGCCGGCGGACAAGCUUUGGCCUUGCCGGCGGCCACGGAAGAUUUCGAGUCCCAUUUCUACGACCAAACGCUGGACCACUUCAACUACCUCCCGGAGAGCUACGUCACUUUCCGGCAGCGAUACGUCGUGAACUCCAAGCACUGGGGAGGGCCCGGCGCUCCCAUUUUCGCCUAUCUCGGCGCCGAAGCACCCUUGACCCACAAUUUCUCGGCAGCCGGAAGUUUCCUCAUUGACAUCGCGCCAAGCUUCAAUGCGCUCUUGCUGUACAUUGAGCAUCGAUAUUACGGGGACUCAAUCCCGUUUGGAUCGAGGGAAGAAGUGUUCGGGAACUCGAGCAUGCUUGGCUACAUGAACUCUCAACAAGCUAUCGCGGAUUACGCGGAGAUCAUCCUUCACAUAAAGGAUCAGUUCAAUGCCAGCGAUUCACCUGUGAUAGUUGUGGGAGGAUCCUACGGAGGAAUGCUGGCGACAUGGUUCCGAUUGAAGUAUCCGCACCUAGCGAUUGGAGCAUUGGCUUCAUCGGCCCCAAUCCUUUACUUCGACGACAUUACCCCACAGGAUGCAUACCUCAAUGCUGUCACCAAAGAUUUUAGAGAUGCUAGCGAGACUUGCUACCAGACAAUAAAGAAGUCGUGGGCAGAAAUAGACGAAAUAGCUUCCAAACCGGAUGGUCUCUCUACUCUCGCCCGAAAGUUCAAGACCUGCGCGCCGUUGAAGGAUUCGACGUCUCUGACGGACCAAUUGGAAGGGCUCUACGCUUCAGCAGCCCAAUAUAAUGCACCACCAAGUUAUCCAGUGACCCAGGUUUGCACCGCAAUAGAUGGACCUGGGCCCAACAACGAUACUCUUGGGCGCAUAUUUGCUGGCGUCGUUGCUUACUACGGAAAGAAGCCUUGUUACAUCAACAAACCAACUCAGCCCACCGAAACCUACGGUGGAUGGGAUUGGCAGACGUGCAGCGAGAUGGUGAUGCCAAUGGGGUAUGGGAAUGACACGAUGUUUGGAUCGAAAGGAGCUUUCAACCUCACCGAGUUCUCAAAUGAAUGCAGAAAAAAAUACGGCGUCGCACCUCGACCUCAUUGGGUCACCACCUAUUAUGGUGGACAUAGCAUAAAAAGGAUUCUUAAGAGAUUCGGAAGCAACAUUAUCUUUUCAAAUGGUCUGAAAGAUCCCUAUAGCAGGGGAGGGGUGCUAGAGAAUAUAUCGGACUCUAUCCACGCCAUCUAUACAGCUAACGGGUCACAUUGCUUGGAUUUAGGGGCAUCAAAUGUUACUGAUCCAGAAUGGUUGAUUGCGCAACGCAAAGAAGAGAUCCAUAUCGUGCAUGGUUGGCUAACCACUUAUUAUAAGGAUCUUCAGGCGGUUUAGUCUUUUGUAUUGUUGGGUGGAUUAAUGAAACUGGGUAUAAUGCAAUAAAUAUAGUGUUGACUGACAUGUUGUUGUUUCUCACUCCUAUAAAGAAGGGUAAAAGUGUGUUGACUUUCUUGCUAAUAGGGGGUACUUUGUUCCCUCUUGGUUGCAUCAUUUCCAUGUUCCGAUCAUGUGAUGCAUCAGUGGAUUUUGUACGAUAUUAAGAGACUUUCGCGAUUGGUUUUGAAUAAAGGUUAAAACGCGCUGUGUUCAUGUUUUUUUAAUGUAGUGGCAACGGUGGAUAAGAGACAUACCAAAGUGGAUCUUGAGACCUCUUUGGUUCUGGAGAAAAUAUAAAUACAAUAAUUAAGUGUUGUUGAGAUCUUUUUUUACCUAAACCUCACCAAGAUUAAUAAUCAAUAUAUCUACCACCAAAUAACUAUUAGAUAAUGGAUUUAGGUAUCGUUGUUAUAUAAUACAUUCUAGUUUCUACUUAAAUAAUAAGCAAAAUAUAACUACAUCCUUCAGGUCUCAAAUUCUUAACUACUUGUCAUAUAUCAUCAAAACCUUCUCUUGUUGAAACUCGCUAUAGCUUAUAUUCAUCAUAAUUAAUGAAUUCUUUGAAAAUAAUAUCUCGGGUUCUGAACGCUAACUACAUUAUUGUGUGCAUAUUUGAUGUGAAAAUAGACUAGAUGUUGUCUAAAACUAGAUAUAAUUUUUGAGUUUUUUUUAGAAUCAUGGUCAUUAAAAGAAGUAUCUUAGCAUUGACGCUUAUCUAAACUUCAACUGCAAGUGUUAAAAGGACAUUUGCAAUGGUCACGUGAAAAACACUCUUUGGUAUUUAAUUUGUGACAAAAUCAUAAAUCAUUAUUUGAUAGGAUAUAUUGAGAUUGAUAGCAUAUGAAUGCAUCUUACAAAUUUUUCGGGAUAUUGAAACCAACAACCAAGGAAGAUAAAUACAUUUUAUGUUAGCUAUAAUCAUAAAAUAAAAAAAGAUGGACUUAAAAAUUGAAAAAACACUAAGGGUUGGUUGGAAGUUGUGAUUCUUCAAAUUGAUGUAUUGGGACAAUUAGUGUAUUAUCAUUUGAUGGAUUGAAUCAAUUGAUGUAUUAGGUAAAUAUCUUGUUUGGAGGUUUAGAUUGUGUUUUUGUUCCAAAGGUAAAAAAGUUAGUAUUGAGUGAUUGUGAAGAAUCUCAACAAAAAGUAGAGAUUGUAAAUCCCUCAAUAUUGAGUGAUUGUGGUGGGGCCACCAAAAGCGUAGGUUUAAGCUAGUACCAAUCAAAGAGACCAAAAGGGUACUGGUCAUUUAUAGAGGCAAUUAAGAAGCCAGCAAGGCAUGCAGUUAGCAACUAGAUCAUUAAAAAAAAAAACUAAUGGGCUGAAAUCCCAAAAGAUAAGAAAAAUCGCCUUCCUUCCAAAAUGGUCCUUCGAUCCCAAGCCAAAAAAAAAUUCAAUACUUGCAAGCAAUUACAAAUACAUUUCGUCACUCCUUACUAAUUAAAUCCUUAAUUAUCAUAAUUGGUAUCUUCGUUGCCGUUAUUCUUUGUGUUUGAUAAAUGUGUACCAAAUAAGCUUAAAAGAAAGACCAAAUUUAUUUUGUCACCUCUAACUUGUAGUGGUGUCUUAUCUUUCUCUUCCUAUUUGUUCCAUCACCAUUGAUAAUGGCACGUAUAGUGGAGCACUACUACAUAAGAUAAGAAAGACAAUAACCAUAUAAUGUGGGUAGGUUCUGUUGGUUCAAUUAGGAUCACAAAAGGGGUCCCAUGUUGUUGUGCAUGAAAUAUUAACUAAGGUGGAUGUUAUCACUAUCAUCAAGGAACAUUAACCAUGAUUGCAACACUAAUUGAAAAUGUUGCAUAAAACAGACAAUAACACCAAAUAUUUCUCUCUGAUAUUAAUUAAAAUUUAGUUUAAUAAAAUUAGAAACUUAAA